AUGGACAAGACGCUUAAGCAGAACGCAAAGCAACAUUCACACCUUAAAUCAUUCUUCGCCCAAUCUCAAUCUGUUCUACUAAUUUACCUGAUGGCUGCCAAGGCAAUUGUCAUCGUCGCUGGAGUUGGCCCAGGCACAGGUAGUGCCAUUGCGCGCAAAUUCGGUGCCGCCUAUCCAAUUGCGCUUCUGGCUCGCAAGCAGGAAAAUUAUGAAGGUCUAGUAAAAGAGAUCAACGAGAAAGGAGGCAAAGCCAUUGGCUUCAGUACAGAUGUCUCCAGUGAAGCGAGUGUGAAAGCGGCUUUUCGCAAAAUCCACGACGAAUACGGCAUUGGACCAGUCGCUGCGGCAAUUUUUAAUGCGCCGGGAAUCUUUCUAAAAAAGCCCCUGUUGGACAUGAGUGUGGAUGAAUUCGGCGCGUCCUGGCAGGUGAGCUGCAAAGGGGCAUUUAUCUUUUCUCAAGCUACUCUUCCGGGACUGCUCAGGCAGGCCGCAGACAGUAGCGCUCCGCACCCGCCGACACUAAUUUUCACAAAUGCCACUGCAGCCAUCAAGGCAAAUUCGCAAGUGUCUGGAUUCGCUAGCGCCCAGCACGGAAUGCGAGCGCUGUACCAAAGUAUCGCAAGGGAGUUUGCUCCGCAGGGCGUUCAUGUCGCGCAUGCAAUCAUCGAUGGCGCUAUUGAUCUUCCGAGAACUAGAGAGUUGUUUAGGGACUGGGCAGACGAGGCCAUGAUUGGCACAGGUGACAUCGCCGAGGCGUACUGGAACUUGCAUCUACAGAGCAAGCGCGGCUUUACCAACGAGAUCGACAUGAGGCCAAUGUUGGAGAAGUGGUAG